CCGGGACAGAUCAACAACAACAUCGGCAGCGAGAACGAGAGGGUCGUGGGUCAGUCUGUCACCAUGAGCCAACAACGUGGAGUCAACAGUCUGCGCUUCAACCAAGAUCACAACCACGAGCAGGUGGGCAGUGUGGGACAUGUGGAGAUGCUGCACAGGUCGAACUUGUUGGCCAUCGUUGGAGGGGGCACCAACCCCAAAUUCUCUGAGAUCUCAGUGCUGGUGUGGGACGAUGCCCGAGAAGCGAAGGACUCGAGGGAGAAGCUGGUGUUGGAAUUCACGUUCACGAAGCCAGUGCUCGCCAUCCGCCUGCGUCACGACAAGAUCAUUGUUAUCCUCAGCCACAGGAUCUACGUGUACACGUUCCCCGACAACCCCACCAAGCUCUUCGAGUUCGACACCCGCGACAACCCCAGAGGUCUGUGUGACCUUUGUCCCAGUAUUGAGAAACAGCUCCUCGUCUUCCCCGGGCACAAGUGUGGCAGCCUGCAGCUCGUGGACCUGUCCAACACCAAACCUGGCACUUCGUCGGCGCCGUUCACCAUCAACGCCCACCAGAGCGAGAUCGCCUGCGUCGCCCUCAACCAACAGGGCAGUGUCGUCGCCUCCGCCUCCAGGAAGGGCACCCUCAUCCGCCUCUUCGACACACAGACCAAGGAGAAGCUGGUGGAGCUUCGGAGAGGAACGGAUCCCGCCACACUUUACUGCAUUAACUUCAGCCAUGACUCCUCCUUCCUUUGUGCCUCCAGUGACAAGGGCACCGUGCAUAUCUUCGCCCUCAAGGACACCCGGCUAAAUCGUCGCUCAGCGUUGGCACGGGUGGGCAAGGUAGGGCCUGUGAUUGGACAGUACGUGGACUCCCAGUGGAGCCUGGCCAGUUUCACUGUGCCAGCAGAGUGUGCCUGUAUCUGUGCCUUCGGCAGGAACAGCUCCAAGAAUGUCAACUCCGUCAUUGCCAUCUGCGUGGACGGGACAUUCCACAAAUACGUCUUCACCCCAGAUGGAAACUGCAACCGCGAGGCUUUCGACGUCUACUUGGACAUCUGCGACGACGACGAUUUCUGAAUGCUGUGCCCCCCCCCACAAGGCUCGAGCAGCCACACCUUCCGACGGGACGGGCGUGAUGACUCCUUUGGCUGAAUUGUUAAGCAUCUCUGUGCCAACCAUGAGGACAUCAAGCACAGUGUGACUGUGUGUCUGAACUAACUUUUGGUUCAAAUAAGCAAAUAUUUAUACUCUUCUGAAAUCUUAUCUCAAAGUUCAAAGUAAAUUUAUUAUGAAAGUAUAGAUACAGAAUGCCAGCAUCUGAGUUACAGACACUUGCGUACCAAGAGCAGCUCUGGAUUCUCACACAGUACAAACCCAGAGACUGAGGAUUAGCAGGCAGUUUGACAAAGGACUGGUGCUCUUCCCCUUUCUCAUUCCUUCCUUCCUGAUGUCAGUAUUUGAAGUUUUACUCCGUGUCUACCCCCAGGAGUGUGUGAUGGGAUGGUGUGGAGGGAGUUUCAUUCUUUUUCUUCCUUUCUCUCUCUCGCACUCUAUCGUUAUCUCUCUAUCUCUUCUCCCCUCCCCAUCUCGCUCGCUGGCUCUCCAUCUUCCCCCUUUCUCUCUCAUCCCUCUCAUUCUGUCUGGUUCACUCUUCCCCUGUCUUUGCUUCUUACUUUCUCACUCUCUCUUUCUUUUGAAGGCAAUCUUCCCUCAUGCCCCUCCCUGUUGAUACUCAGACUAGGAACCUGCUCUUCGAUACAUGCCCACUCGCUGUUUGUGAGGAAUUGUUGGGGCAUCCGAGAGAUCUACACACACAAGCAGCACGUAGGAGCACUGGUCUGGAGCACAGGUCGCUCCCACAAAUGGCAGACAGACCGUCUGAUCUGGGGGGCUUUGGUUUUUUUGAUUUUAUUCUCAAUGGCACCAUGUUACAAAGCUCCCAAUCUCCUUCGGCCACAACAGUGUACCAUCUCCAAGCAUGUAGAUGGGAGUUCGAGCAGGAUUUGGCCGCACAGCCUGUGUGUACAGGGAGUAACAGCUUUGUGGAGCCAGUGUUGAGAAUACUGGAGUUGGGGGGAGGGGGGUGGUCAAACAUCAGUUUUAAUUCACCGUUUCCUGUACAUUUGCCCGAAUGUCCAUUGUGUCCGACGAUGACGGGAAACCUGUGCUGGAGAGUUUUUAAAGAGGAAAAGCCAUCGCACUGGGGCGGUUCCACUCUCUCGACCUCAGAAGUCGGGGUCCAGUGGUUCGAACGAGAGUCACAAUCUGAGGUCUUCCUUGGUUGCAGUGGAUGACCAUGAUGGCUCCUGUGCCUUCUCAGGCCCUUCGCCCUCCACGGAGCGUUGCCGAACUGCCUUCCUGGCUGUUGGAUUUCUCUGUAGAUCUCAUCGGCACCCCCCCCCCCCACCAGUCUGCUGGAGCUGACUGUACAUGCUAGAACAGGCAUAUCCCUAUUUUACCCAAGUAUGAGGCCACUGGCUACCUUCAACUGGUUUAUCCCACCGGUCAAAGCGGUGUACCAGGGUGUGGCCACUGUCGCAUGCAAACAGCUACUUGGAGCCACAGGUGAGAGCUGAGGUGAGGGUACCAACACUGAGUGAGCUGCCUCAGAAUGGACACGAUAAAGCCCCUCACCAAGGUACAUAUACAGCGUUAGGAAUUUGCUGUGAUGUGGUGACGUGCACCAAAAAUCAACAUUCCACAAUUAUAAUUAAAAAAAAAACUUGUAUAAAAUAUAAACUUAGAGGG